CGUCCCCAUCGGAUCCAGUUAGACCUCCCUCCCCCACUUCCUUGGAAUAGGCUAGAAUAUCCUCUUGUUUAUUUUCCCUGCUAGUACUGUGUUGCUCCUAAAUCGAGUUAUUGAGGAGGAGAAACAAAGUAAAUGGAGAGGAGAUGUGCAGAAGAAUCAACAGAUAUAGGAGGAGAGGAAGAGGAAGUAGAAGUAGAAGAAGCAUUAUGGAACAAAGAAACAAUUCCAAGGGUGAUGAAGAUAGUCUGUACCUGCAUCAAACUUCAUCAGAGAGACCUCAUCUCUCUCUUAUUAGUCAGCCCCUGGCUUCACCGCACUCUCAUCUCCCAUCCCUCCAUCUGGUUGGUUAUUGAUUUGCAUGAGAUGAAUAAUGCUGGAGAUCGCCUUGUCGCAGCUCUUUCACUACCAAGAUAUCACAAUGUGAAGAACAUAAACCUUGAGUUUGCACGAGAUAUUGAAGAUAAGAAUUUUGAAAUUCUUAAAAGCAAGUUUGUGGAUGCCCUUAAGAAUCUGGAGUCUUUGAACCUAAAUGGCUGCCAGAAGAUUUCAGAUAAAGGAGUUGAAGUUAUAACAAGCAUUUGUCCGAAUCUUGCGGCAUUCUCCAUCUAUUGGAAUGUUAGGGUUACAGAUAUUGGAGUCAAGCAUUUGGUGAGGAACUGUAAACGUAUAACUGAUUUGAACUUGAGUGGGUGUAAGAAUAUCACGGAGCAAAGUUUGCACUUAAUUGCUGACAAUUAUCGAGACUUGGAAUCUUUAAACCUGACAAGGUGCAUCAAGCUAACAGAUGGUGGUUUACAACAGAUAUUGCUGAAUUGCUAUUCUCUUCAAAGUUUGAAUCUUUAUGCCCUCUCUAGCUUUACAGAUGAAGCUUAUAAAAAGAUCUCUCUGUUGUCGCAUCUAAGGUUUUUAGACCUCUGUGGUGCUCAGAACCUAACAGAUGAUGGACUACGUUCUAUAGCCAACUGCAGAAAGCUAGUUUCACUGAAUUUGACAUGGUGUAUACAUGUGACAGAUGUGGGAGUGAAAGCUAUAGCUGAAAGCUGCAGUUCUCUUGAACUUUUGAGCUUGUUUGGGAUUGUUGGGGUGACUGAUAGGUGCCUUGAGGCCCUCUGCAAAUGCUGCUCAGGUACACUCACAACACUCGACGUGAAUGGUUGUGUUGGCAUUAAGAAAAGGGCGCGUGACGAACUCCUUCAAUUGUUCCCAAAGCUGAAAUGCUUCAAAGUGCAUAGCUAAGCUGUUUUGAACAUGUGUUCUACAACUUGUGGACUUACUUGGAUUCAUGAUACCAUUUUACUCUCAGGUCAUCGUGCUUCUAUUGCUCCAUCAAAUCAAGUACGCAGAUUAGAUUUAACGUAUAUGCUUUCUACAUUUCGCAAUUACUUUUUAAUGCAUUAUGCAAGAUCACAACACCUUCCUAUGAAAAUCAGCAACUACUUUCAACAGGUAAAACUAUGUGUAGAACAUGGUUUCAUAGGUUCGGGUUCGAAUCUUAAUGGUUGUAUUAUGAGUGUCAGGUUUAUACCAUGAGGGUUUUGGCAUAUUUUUAUUCUCAAUGAUUUAUCGUAUUAUGUUCCAUUUUUCA